AUGUCCUCUCUCUCUCUUUCACAAGUUUUUCUCUACUCAUUUGAAGUUUAUUUACUCUAUUCCGACGACCACGACUCCUCUUCAUAUCUACUCUUUCCGACUCUCUUCUUCUUCUUCUUCUUCUUUUUCCGGUGACUGGAGCAGGAGAAGAUACAGAUUCUUUAUUCUAUCCAGAUUCUGGCAGCUAAAGGAAAAGUUGUUUGAAAUUUCAGAGUAGUUUGGUCCAUUGUGUUGUUGUUGUUGUAUGAAAAGAAGCUUUGAUAAAUGGAGACUAAUCAGAUUGAGGAAAUGGAUGUCGAAGUCUUGUCUUCGAUGUGGCCCGAAAAUGUUGGACCUGAAGCUGACAAACAGUUCAACGUCGAGAAACCUGCUAUAGAUUUAGACAUGUUGAAAGAAGUCACAAUCGAAGAGAAACCGACCAUUGCAGAUUUGACACGGUUACCAGAACUAUUGAGUUUGACUCAGCAAGGCUCCUCUCAACUAACCAACCUCGUGAAACAAUGGGAGUAUAUGCAAAACAACGCGGUUCGGCUAUUAAGAGAAGAGCUUAAGAAUCUCGAUAGACAGAGAGAAGAAGCUGAGGCAAAAGAGUUGAAGAUCAUUGAGGAGUAUAACUUUGAGAGCCACCAGCCUGAGUAUGUUUCGGUUUUGGAUGAGACGAGUGAUUUGUUCCGCGGGUUUAGGCAGAAGAGACGAGAAGUGUUGGUCGAUAGCAAGAAGAUUGAGAUCUAUGAGGAGUUUGAUAGCAAGAAAGUUGAUGAUGAGGAAAAUAGCGAGACAGUUGCUACUACUACGGAUAUGAAUGAAGCUGUGAAUUUCGAAAAAAGUAAACAAGAGGAACAGGAAGAAGCAGAAGUUAAAGAGGAAGAGAGCGAAAGCAGCAGAGUGAAAGAAGAAACAGCCGAAACAAAGGCUCAAAUAGAAGAAUUACCAGAGGAAGGAACAAAGAAGGAAGGGGUGCAAGGGAAGAAGGAAUCUCCAACAGCAUAGGCUGCAAGAGAACUCGAAGAAGAACAAGGUUAGGGAACAAGGUUUUGUUUCUUGUUCAUUUUCUUUCUGACAAAAGUGAAUAUAUUGAAAGAACUAAAUCAUAUA